AACACAGCCCAUCACAAACACCUAUCAAACACGCACCAGAUCCACUUUGGUUUUCUUUGUUUCACCUCCACCACCCAUGGCCUCCAAGACCUCAGCUUUUGCUCUCUUCCUCAUCUUUAACUUCCUCUUCUUCACCUUUGCUAGUGCCUGCGGCUACUGUCCGCCGACACCCACGAGACCAACCCCAACUCCAAGCCCGAGCUCUGGCAAGUGCCCAAUCGACGCCCUUAAGCUCGGUGUGUGCGCCGAUGUCCUCAGUGGCCUCCUCAACGUCACGAUCGGCACGCCUCCAAAGGAGCCGUGCUGCUCUUUGUUAUCAGGCCUCGUCGACCUCGAGGUCGCCGUGUGCCUCUGCACCGUCAUCAAGGCUAGCAUCCUCGGCAUAAACCUCAACAUUCCAGUUGACCUUAGCCUUCUUGUUAACUACUGUGGCAAGAAGGUGCCAUCCGGCUUCCAAUGCGCUUAGGCCUCCUAUUUUCUGUGCCAUCUGGCUUCAAAUGCGCUUAGGCCUCCUAUGUAUUUUCUUUCUAAGUUCUCGUUGCUCUCCUAUUAUCACGUUUAUGUGUGGUUUUCUUUUUUCUUCUUUUUCUUUCCUAUAAUUGUUGUAUCUCUCUCCUCGGUUGUGUCUUAAGUCUGCUGAAAUUUACAGAUAAUAUGUACGUAAUCUCUUUGUUAUAUAAUGAAAGCUGGGUGACUCUUGUCUCCCUUGCCAUCAAAAAAAAUAUUAUCAUGUC